CAGCAAUGAGAACCCUAAACUCAAAGAUCUCUGCUUGAUCUUGCAAGAAGAGUACCACUUAAGCCCAGAGACCAGAAUCAUCCUCUUUGUGAAAACCAGAGCACUCAUGGAUGCUUUAAAGAAAUGGAUUGAAGAAAAUCCUAAGCUCAGCUUUCUCAAACCUGGCAUAUUGACUGGACGUGGCAGAACAAAUCAGAAAAUAGGAAUGACCCUCCCAGUACAGAAGUGUGUAUUGGAUGCAUUCAGAACUGACGGAGAUAACAAGAUUCUGAUUGCCACCUCAGUUGCUGAUGAAGGCAUUGUCAUUGCUCAGUGCAAUCUGGUCCUCCUAUUUGAGUAUGUGGUCAAUGUCGCCAAAAUGAUCCAAACCAGAGGCAGAGGAAGAGCAAGAGGGAGCAAGUGUUUCCUUCUGACUAGUAAUGCCGAUGUAAUCGAAAAAGAAAAAAUAAGCAUAUACGAAGAAAAAAUGAUGAAUGACUCCAUUUUAAGCCUGCAGACGUGAGAUGAAGCAGUAUUUAAAGAAAAGGUGGCGGGGCGGAUGGAAAGAGCAGGGAGGAGGCCGUGGUGCAGGAUGGCGGCAACAACCUACGAGCGGCUGAAGCUGCAUAUCUCACCUUGAAAAUGUUAUGUGGAAGCUUGUGAUGAUGGAGCAGAUAAUGUACUUAUCAUCGACCGUGUGUCCACAGAAGUUACACUCUCAGUCAAGAAAGAUAUUCCUCCUUCAGCUGUCACAAGACCAAUAUUUGGUAUACUGGGCACAAUUCAUCUGGUGGCGGACAAUGUUGCACUUAACUGAUAUUCAAUUACAAGAUAACAAAACUUUCCUAGCAAUGAUAAACCAUGUCUUGAGUGUGGAUGGAUUUUAUUUUUCAACGACAUAUGAUUUGACCCAUACUUUGCAGCGGCUGUCUAACACUAGUCCAGAAUUCCAGGAAAUGAGUCUCUUGGAAAGGGCAAACCAGCGGUUUGUAUGGAAUGGUCAUCUUCUAAGAGAACUUUCUGCUCAGCCAGAGGUCCAUCGGUUUGCUCUUCCGGUAUUAUAUGGCUUUUUUACUAUGCACUCAUGUUCUAUUAAUGGAAAAUACUUUGAUUGGAUUCUCAUCUCGAGGAGGAGUUGUUUCAGAGCUGGUGUCCGCUAUUAUGUAAGAGGAAUUGAUUCUGAAGGCCAUGCAGCUAACUUUGUAGAAACACAAAUUGUGCACUACAAUGGGAGCAGAGCUUCAUUUGUACAGACUCGAGGAUCAAUACCACUUUACUGGUCUCAAAGACCAAAUCUCAAGUACAAACCACUGCUACUGAUCAACAAAGUAGCAAAUCAUAUGGAUGGUUUCCAAAGGCAUUUUGAUUCACAAAUAAUUAUUUAUGGAAAACAAGUCAUAAUCAAUCUGGUUAAUCAGAAGGGCUCAGAGAAGCCACUUGAACAGGCGUUUGCAACAAUGGCGUCUUCCUUGGCAAAUGGAAUGAUCAGAUAUAUUGCCUUUGACUUCCAUAAGGAAUGUAAAAAUAUGAGAUGGGAUCGACUAAGUAUUUUAUUGGAUCAAGUAGCAGAAAUGCAAGAUGAAUUAAGUUAUUUUCUAGUGGACUCUGACGGCAAGGUGGUGACUAACCAGGAAGGCGUGUUCCGCAGCAAUUGCAUGGAUUGUCUGGACAGAACUAAUGUGGUCCAGAGUCUGUUAGCUUGUCGUUCGCUUCAGGCCCAGCUUCAGAGACUAGGAGUUUUGCAUGUGGGACAAAAGCUUGAAGAACAAGAUGAAUUUGAGAAGAUUUACAAAAACGCCUGGGCUGACAAUGCAAAUGCUUGUGCCAAACAGUAUGCGGGAACUGGUGCCUUGAAGACUGACUUUACCAGAACUGGGAAGAGAACUCAGUUGGGACUUAUAAUGGAUGGCUGGAACUCACUGAUACGGUAUUACAAGAACAACUUUUCUGAUGGAUUUAGACAAGAUUCCAUAGACUUAUUUCUUGGGAACUAUUCAGUGGAUGAAUUAGAAUCUCAUAGUCCUUUAAGUGUUCCAGGGGAUUUGAAAUUCCUGGCUUUGCCUAUUAUCAUGGUUGUCGCCUUUUCCAUGUGCAUUAUCUGUUUGCUUAUGGCUGGUGACACCUGGACAGAAACACUGGCAUAUGUGCUCUGGGGAGUUGCAAGCAUUGGAACAUUUUUUAUUAUUCUUUACAAUGGCAAAGAUUUUGUUCAUGCUCCCAGAUUGGUCCAGAAAGAAAAGAUAGACUGAAUUUGUGUCUGUGGAAAGCAGGUUGGCUUGGAAGAUUCCAUUAUGCAGAACUGGAGUCUUUACUGACCCGCUUUCCACGUCAGCCCAAGGUCUUUUUAAAUCCUUUAUCCAAAAGCACAUCUUGCGCUUUGUGUGGGGGUGAUGACUUAGAAUUGAUCUGAUGUUACUGCCUUGAUGAUCUCUUUACUAUUGGGACGGUUAUCAUUUGAAGCUAUUCUAUAAUUAAAAUGUAACCUCAAUUCAGCUCACGGAAUGGAAGGAAUCUAUUCAUGGUCAGUUUAAUCGGCUGUUGCAGAAUAAGUAACAUAUUUUUUAAAAAUCUAGCUUCUUUCCUUAUUUAAAACAGUGAAAUUAUUUUUCUAGCUCAGUUUAUUGUCACUGUAGAAGCAGUUUCUGUUAGCAAGCAUACUUUUCCAUACACCUUUGGACUUUUCUUUAGUUUAAUAAUAAGCUAACUCUACUCUGUUUAUAAAAUGUCUUUUCCAUACAUCAAGUAGUUGGACGAAAUAGUCUGUGACUACAUGGUAGGUAAGAGGAGACCAGGGUCUGGUGUUCCUUUGGAGCUUCAGUUGGGCUGCCUUAUGAGUUCAGUCAGCUUGAGCUGUGCAGUUGAAGUGUGAUGAAAAAGGUUCAGGUGUAUUUUAUCUUUUUAAAAGGUGUAAAUGAAAUCAAAGAAUAUGAAGUCUCUCUCUUAUGCUAGAGGUCCAAGCCUCCUCUGUUUUCAGGAUUGCCCCAGUGUGGAAAAUGCCCUUGGUUGGUCAGCUCCUUCAUUCUGGACCUUUCGGUUUCUUGGGGGUCUUUCAUGGAGACAUGGCCUCUGAGCGGGUCUUGUGCUGAAUCCGAUGUUGCACUUGGAGGCAGAAGCUGCUUUUCCACGCACAGUAGUGUCGAUGCUUUUCCCUAUUUAAGGGUUUUUGUUAGCUGUCAGUAAGUCUAAAAUUUAGUGCUUCCAGGUAGUUACAGCUCUCCAAAUCAAGGACCAACUUAAACUUUAAAUUAUGUGAAGAAAUAAAUCUGAAAAAAUACACUCUAGAAGCUGUGCAUAGUUCUAAUUAUAAGUCAGACUGUAUAUUCAAAUUGUAAUUAUGAGGUUUAAAAAUUAGAAAAGUAUGUAAGGAAGUAUAAUUGCCACUAUUUUAAAAUAGUUCAAUUAAAUACUGCUACAGUAUUUGUGUUGUGCUUGAAAAUAUGUACAGUUUUUUCAAUGGUAAUACCUUUUCCUGUCCUUAAAUAUCUCUAAAGAGCACCUUGAUUUUAACAUUACCUUUUUUCCAACAUUAUCUUUUAUAAACAUUAAUAAAAGUUGUUGCUUUUAGAAACUUUAAAGGAAAUAAUAGCUGGAAAACCCUCUGUAGCUUAAAGUCAGUCAUUAAAACUCACAAUAGGGUAAAUAAUUAGAACUACCUACUCUUGUAAAUAAGCAUAAUUCGUUCCAAAGAGGAAAUAUCGAAACUUAGUUCAUGUCUACUGUAAUGUAUUACUCAGAUGCUACUGGGCAUUUCACAUUAAGAACUUAUUUCAGCGACCACAACAAAGACUAAAUCUGAACUGCUGAUGUGGCUGUUUUGCAGUGAAUGGGCUAAUGUUGGUGUGUUAGAUCUUAAGGUAUCAAUAUUUCAGAACCCUGCAAUGAUUAUAUUUCUAAAUUCAUGUACUGUCCAUCCAUAAGUGAAAAUAAAAUGUCAUACUCUCUUCUUAAAAAAAAAAAAAACAAAAACUUCAUGAAGAUGAGUCUUACAAUUUA